AUGCAUUUCGUUAACAUUUUUCAUGCUUCCAAUGCUUCCAAUGUCCGAGUGCCACGAAGGGCCGCCGACUUUGAGUCAGGUCUGUCUUUGGAAGACAUGCUGCAGCUGGCAGAGGAACGAGCCAAAAAUGCAAAGACUGCGGGGACGACCAAAACGACCAAAACGACCAAAACGACCAAAGCCAAGCGCCCUGAUGCAGCAGUUCCUGCAGUUCCUUCGGUUCCCUUGGUAGUGCCUGGGAAUCCAGAAAAGGUCGAAGAAGCGAUAGACGAGAUAGACGAGAUAGACGAGCCGGAAGAAACUCCGGUCUUAAUCCCGGAGGUCCUCAAUCGGAUCCCCAGCUUUGGACGACAACGACUGGAAGCAGCAGUGCUUCCCUGCGUAUUUUCUCCAAUUGAACAGGGAGAACGGCCCAUUGGUGUGGAGGUUGAGCUGAGAUUUUGGGAACCUGCUUACCAACUGUUAUGGCAAUAUGCGCAGAAGCGGACUGCUGGAGCUGUUGCAGUUCGUUUCAGCAAGGGUUCCCUUCGAAGAAGUCCUGAUGUUUUUGCCCUUUGGCCAGCUGAAAUGAAGGAUGGCAGCCUUCGCGGUUUAAACAUGGGGAUGUACAAUUUGUCGGUGAAGACGGUGCACCCAUUCCCUGUGAUUCGCUUAAUGCAGCUCCCUGGCGUUGAUGAGGCGGAUGGGCGGGACCCGCAAGAGCUGCAUGAUCACCUGAGAAGCCUCGAAACCCGUGAGCAACAAUCAGAUGCUCUUCAUCCCGUAGCCCAUUUGGCGCUCAAGUUGAAAAUGAUUCGAGUUUCCUCGGCAGUGAGUGGUGAAGAGAUUGCAGCCUUUGAUGCAGCGGACUUUGAAGGCAAGUCUGCCAAAGAUUUGAAGCAACGCCUGUCUACUCUGAUUCAAUGUUCCAGGUUCCGCCAGAAAUUGUAUACUGAAGAUCAGCAGGAACUUGGUGAUGAUGAACCCAUGGCCCCCAUGACUCUGCGCUUGGUGAUGCUGGAGUUCUGGCCCUCUGAUCCUGAGCAAGCCAAAGAACUGUCGCUUGCAUGUGAAGAGAACCAGCUAGAUGUGCUCGAAGCUCUACUGAAACGUCCUCUGAACCCAGAUCUCUCCAAGUCCGACUCCAAGAACUGGACUGCCCUGCAUGCGGCAGCCAUGCACCGGAGGGAGGACUGUGUCCGUUUGUUGUUGGAAGCAGGUGCUAACUGUGACCCGGUGGAUGAUGAUGAUGCCACUCCGCUCCAUGCAGCCGCCUGGAUGGGUUCCGUGGAGAUCGUCGAGCAGCUCUUGACCGCAGGAGCCGAAAAGGACCGUCGCACCGCGGACGACGCGCAGGCGACGCCUCUGCUGCUGGCGGCAGAGAAUGGCUUUGUCGAGGUCGUGGAACUGCUGUUGGAGCAAGGCGCCCAGAAAGAUGUGGCCACAACCGACACCGGGGAGACUGCGUUGCAUUUGGCGGCCAGCAAUCAGGACCACACGCUCGCAGAGUUGUUGCUUCAAUUUGGAGCUGAUCAAAACAAGGUCACCAAGAAUGGCGCCACAGCUUUGCAUGCUGCAGCAUGGGAGGAUUGUGCAAGCAUUGUCGAGCUGUUGCUAGAACAUGGCAGUGAACCGGAUGCUGCAACAACUGACAAUGGCGAGACUCCCUUGCAUUAUGCUGCUCGCAGGGGUUUUGAGUACAUUGCUCAACAGUUGACUGAGGUCUCGGUAGCGACGCCUCCGAAGAAGAAGAAGAAGCGAAAGUGGUCCACGCAUGUCCACGCGGUGCGUCCACCACGAAGCCGACAUGGAAAAAAGUUGCCGCAGUUGGUACCAUUUGGUAUCAUUCAGUUGAUCUCAGCCAGCCACUAUGGCUGUACAUUGCAGUACCCUGUUCAGAACAGCAGCGAGGCCAUGUCCCCUGCGGAUCGCCUGGCUCUCCUGCGCUGGAUGGCCAAUGGUGGCAAUGUUGCCAUUGAGCCCGAGCGUGUUCAGCAGGUGGCUGUCGUUGCACAUCCCGCCAUGGUCGCCAUGGAUUUGAAAGCGGACAGUCCCCAAAAUAUGCAGACCUUCGCCAUUUUACUGUGUUUCUUGAUCGGCCUUUCUCUUGGUUUGCUUGGAAGUGGUGGGUCCAUUCUCACAGUGCCUAUCUUGGUGUAUUUGUUACAUGUGGAUGCCAAGGAAGCCAUUGCGAUGUCCCUGGUGGUGGUGGGAGUUACCAGUGCAUCUGCCUUGAUUUCCCAUGCCCGCUCUGGAAAUGUGAAUUGGACAAUGGGUGCCAUCUUUGGAAUGGCUGGGAUGGCAGGGGCAUUUCUGGGUGGCAUCAUUGCUGGUUACAUUUCGGAGCAUUUUUUGAUGCUCAUCUUCGCAGGCAUGACCCUGGCCACUGCUACGGCCAUGCUGUGCAAGGACACGGCAGCCCAGUAUCAAGUCAUGCCUGCCAUACCUGCCAUAGCUCAUGAAUCUCAUGACUCAGACGAGAAUGAGAAUGAGUCGAAUGAACAUUCGGAGAAUGAAAAAGGUGAAGAGUUCUCCGACAAAGGUGCCUCUGGCUCUCGCAGGUCAUCCAGCCACAACUUACCACUGUCACUGUGGCGAAUUUUGUUGGAUGGCUUUCUGGUUGGCAUGGUUACUGGCAUGGUUGGUGCUGGAGGUGGAUUCUUGGUGGUUCCAGCCCUGGUCUUCCUUGGUGGUUUACAGAUGACGGAAGCGAUUGGAACCUCUUUGAUGGUGAUAUCUAUGAAAUGCUUUGCUGGUUACAUUGGGCAUGCGAGCCAUGCACAUAUCGACUUGCAUUUGACGCUCUUGGUGACUGUCAGUGCUGUGCUUGGAAGUUUUGCAGGUGGAUUUUGUGCCGAUUUUUUGCCUCAGGCCGUUCUACGUAAAGCCUUCGCCAUCUUUGUGUUGGUCAUCGGUACUUUGCAGCUCUGGAAGGAAUCCACUGACCUGAAAGAUCCGCUCGCUUCGCAGCUGGGCAUCUCCAGCCUCGUACGGGCGACUCAAGGAGCUCAAGGUCUUGAACUGCGAAGGCCGAGGCUGAAAUCUGCUGAAUCAUUGCUGAAUCCUGCCGUGCCACGACGGGGACAGCGGCAGGAUUUCAUCGUUCUUCUGGGGCAGGUGCUGGAUGAAUGCGGCUUUCAUGCAAUGGAAAUCACAAUGGAAAGUGCCACAGCGUCAGGUGUCAUCGAGGCAGCUGAAUGGCUUCUGCCCCUUUGGCUGCUCGGCAAGAAUAUGAUGCGCCGGCUCAAGGAUUACACGGUUGUGCCGGUUGUGCCUUGGGUUUGCGGCUGCACUUCGUGCUGCGUCGUGGAGUGUGAGACCGUUGGGGAGGGGAGGCCUCGGGAUUUCAAUCGAUCUGAGAUUCUGAGAUUGAAAUUUGAUCGAGGAGAGAGCGGCAAUUGCUGGACGAUGCCUUGCAGUGCUUGGCAAUGGGCCAUCAGCUCCUGGCGCAGCUCGAAGGCUUUGGCACUGCCUCGGCUCAAAGGAAUCGCCAUCUCGGCCUUCGGCGUGCACACAACGACCUUGUUGGAACCAGUCUUCGCAUUGAGAGAAGUGGUACCGGAGGACAUCUCCAUGGACAUGGCGCUCUUUGGGGCGACCCAUCCGGAUGCUGAGACUUUGCUUCCUCAGGUGUGCUCAGAAGGGCAACGCUCCAAGCGCUUGGGCUGCUACACGUCGAUCUAUCCCGAAGCAGAUUGGUGGAACGAUUUGCUUAGCAGACCUUUGCAACCGGCCUUGGAUGAGUUGGGAGAAAUCCUUGCAGAGGACCAGUUUGUCCGGGUAUCGGCGUUGCUGGUCUGUGGUGGUGGCGGAUCGCCCAUGCUUUGUUUGAUGUUGCGGAUGGUCACAGAUCUGCCGAUUCUCAUCACGCUGCAGGCUCCGCUGACCUUUCGAAUGCCCAGUGCCCACCAACCAUUUCUUGUGGGAUUAUUCCGUGAGAUUGCCAAACCAUCGGUAGCCAAAGUAGGCCCCACAGUCAUCAGCACAUCUUUGAUUUUUCUGCAAAGACAAGUGUGGGUUCAAACUGGCCGAUUGCUACCAGUGGUUCGGAAUCACAACUGGUAUGCCAUCCAUGCAGCAUCGCGAGGAGGUGGAGCCUCCGUGGAUGCCAAUGAAGUCUUAUUCUGGCAAAACCACGUGUCGCUGAAGGCGGAUGUGGCUGUUUGCCUUUUUCUGGUCAUGAAGCAGUUGGUGCCAGAUGUCAGUGCCUUUCCCUUCCGCAUGGUCUUCAAAAAUGUUCGGCGCCUGCCAUCGCAACGGGAAGGGCGGAAGGUCUACGGACUCUCAGCAUCAGACUCCAUGACCAAGUAUUCUGACCUUAGUGAUCGAUUUGCUGCAGCGGUGAUAUUUCCUCAUGAUAUUGGCAUAAUAUCUUUCGAUGACUUGUACGCUGUUGGCACCCCAAUCUUCUUGCCGGAACAAGAGAUGGUGGAGAACAUGGCUUAUGCUCAUUUGGUGAGCACAUCGAACUACCCAUGGACUGCCCGGGUCCGGGGUGCAGAAAUGAGGCUGGAACUGGCAGAGCUGCAUGGAGCUCAGUGGACCGGUGGGAGAGGUUGCAUCGUUUGGAAGACCUUGGAGGACAGGGACUCCAAGACCUUCGCCAGGUUCUACCGAGCUGCUCUCACACAGCUCUUAGGCGCCGAACACAGCAGUCCCAUCUCUGCAUCAGGUGACACCGAGGACACCGAUACUGAGUUCGAUGAUUUGCCGAUCCCACCUGGUGCUGAGGUUGGCAAACAUUAUGCCUUUGAACAGAGUUUGGGUCAGGGUGGCAUUGGACAAGUCAUUCAGGCUACCUGCCACCGUAGCAAUGCGAAGAGAGCGAUCAAGAUCAUGUCGCGAAAAUCGGAUCCUUCAGGAUUCGAAAUUGCUUUGAUGACCAAGUUGGAUCAUCCAAAUGUCCUGCGGCUCUUUGAGACCUUUGAGGAGCCUGCGGCUACCAACACUUUUCUCUCUGUAGAACUUUGCAAAGGUGGCCCACUCCCAAGCUAUGCGAAGGAGUUUUGGCCGCCGUUGGAAGAGGCUGCUGGUGCUGUCAUCAUGUGGCAGCUGCUGGGUGCCCUUCACUAUCUUCAAUCCCAGUCGUUGAGUCAUGGGGACAUUUGCCCUGCCAAUGUGUUGAUGCUUCAUUUCGAAAAACCGCCAGAACAAAAUGUCACCAAGUUGAUUGACUUCGGUGCUCAUGCUGGCAGCCGUACCUAUGACAUCCCAUCCGCUGGCUUGGUGAUGAGGGCUUUGCUUGGAUGGUGCUGUGGCGUGAAGACCUCUGGGAGAGAAGCAAGCAGCAAGGCCAGUGACACCUUCGUCUAUAGCGAGGGAGGCGUUGCAGUGCCCAUCAGCAAAGACGCUUCGGACUUGCUGAAUCGGUUCGCAGGAGCAGAGAGGGACUCCUCCUUCACUGCGGAGAAAGCCUUGAAGCACAACUGGUUUGUGCAUGCGAGGAGAGGUGAGGUGCCAGGGCGGAAGGCGAAGCCUCAACGAAGCCAAAAGCCUAAAGAUGUGGCAGAUGGCAAGGACGGCAAGGACGGCAAGGACAAGGCAAAGCUCAAACGUGCUCAGACGGCUGGAGACCUUUCCAGAGACAAGAGUCAAAGCCGAAAGGACAAGGACGAUUUCAAAAGUAAAGACACCAAAGGCAAAGAGCUGAGCAAAUCCGCGAGGGAUCUGACACGAGAUCAGCCGCGUGUGGCACCUGGUGGGUGGUGGGGAGCUGCACCACGGCUGACGAAUUUCAUUCCCAGACUGAGAACCUUUUGCAACGCGAACGGCUUACUUCGAAUGAUCCUCCUGGUGGCGGCGGAUACCGUUGAUGAGGAAGUCUUGGCACCACUUCGGGCAGCAUUUCAACGCAUGGAUGGUUGGUGCCCCGAUGGGCUUUUGACUGUGGAAGACUUGGAACAUCGACUGCCCAAACUGGGAUGUAAAGAUGUUCCAACCGACUUGUACCGACUACUCAUUGAGGCGGAUGUGGAUGGUGUUGGAGCUUUGGAUUUUACCACCUUCAUCGCUAUCACCAUUGGAAGCCAGGAGGUUCUCUCGACAGACUUGGGGGCAAAGACUUUCAAGAUUCUAGAUAGGGAUCAGGAUGGCACCAUCUCUGCCAAUGACCUUUCGGAGUUUUUGAAAAAGGUGCUUAAAGCUGAGGCCAUUAGGGAGUUGUUGCAAGAUGCAAUGGGCAAGAAACCUUUGAAUUUCCAAGGCUUCAUUGGUCUCCUCACGAAAGCCAGUAAGAUGGAAAGCGACUUCACGGAGCAGACCGCGACUUUCCAUUGCUUGAGCCCUGACGCUGUGUCGAGAAUGGAGCUGGCCAUAGCCACCUGUGAAGGAUCUGCACAUCCACUCCGCAGCGAAGCGAUCAAGGCCAAGCGCCGCAUCGUCGACUCGGAAGCACAGAAGAGGCGGAAAGAAGAAGAACAAAAGCGCAGGAGGAAGAAGCGAGAAGAAGAAAAAAAGGCCAGACGAAGGACAAAACCAAUGGAGCCUGUUCCAGAGCCCGACGAAACCCCUGAUCCAUUGACGCUGAGUCUCAUCAUCCAAGACAGCAGCGAUGGUUCAGAUAGUGGUCGGAGUCAGUCGGUAUCUCAGGCGUCUCGUGGUAGAACAGAUACAGGAGACACCGUGGGCACCGUGGGCACCGUGGGCACCGUGGGAACAGUCAACAGCAUGGGAAGUGUGGACUCUACCACCAUGACCAUGCAAGAGUUCGAUGAGAUACUCCGAAACAAUAGCAGAUUGAUGGUGACUUUGUGA